GUUGUUGAUGCCACAAGCCUGCGGUGGGCAGCAGGCAGUCGGCCAAACCCAUGGCCCCGCUCCUCUGAAGGCUGCCUGCUGAACUGGGGCUGGUUUCCCUUCAGCCUCCCGGGAGCCCGGGUCUUGGCAAGCGUCGUCAGGAGAAUUCUUCGCCCUAAUUAUCCGCGGAAGAAGACGCGCCUCGGCCGAACACCGCUAGGCAACACUCACCGCGGCAGUCUCCAGAUUACGUCCCUCCGCGGGUGUGGGACUCCGUUUAAGCAACUCACACUUACAGUAGAUUCUCACUGGCGAGGCUGCGAGCAGCGAGGGAGGGGGAGCCGGGAGGAGGAGGAGGAGGGAGGAGGGUGGUAGGCGCAGAGCGGGAGGCCGAGGAGACACCGGAGCUCCAGACUCAGCAGGAGCGCGCUGUGGCGGUGCAGUUCCGAGCUCGCCAGCCUGGCCGCGCACACUCCGCCUCCUCCCCUAGCCGCGGGAUCCUCCGGGCUCCGGGCCGCCUCUGCAGCCGAUCCCUCCCUCGUCAGUGCUCAGCCCGCAGCUAUUUCCUUCUCCUGGUGUCUUUGAACUUGGGAUCUUUUCCUCCGCUCGCCUUGCUUGUCUUUCCCCCAUCCUGUUUUUUUCCCCCAACUCCUCUUCCUUUCUCCUCAGCCACCCUGCUAUUUUCUCCUCUUUUUAUCGAGAAUUUCUUAUUAAGAUGACUUGUCUUCCUCCCUGAAGACUGAAAAAGAGCUUUUAUCUCCCCUCCCCUCCCUCCAGUGGCAUUUCAAAGACCUCCGUCCUUAAAAGUCUAUAAAGAGGCACAGAACGGGACGCGGGACCUUCUCGACACCCUCGAGUCCAGUCCCGAACUGCACUGUCCGCCGUCACUAGUAUUUCAUUUAACCCCAGUGGAGAGGACGGUGUGGGGCUCCGGAAGCAAACUUCAGCCGUACAAGAAGCCCCGUGGUCCCCGCACUGGGGCGAACCGCGGGCCCGAAGGUGAAGGAGCCUACGGGGAACUGGGAGGAACCGCGAGCCUCUCUUGCCCCCUCCGCAAGGCCAGAGCCGUGGACUGAGCGGCGCGGGACAGCGGCGGCGGAGGCGGCGAGGACAAGAUGCGGGGCUCGGGGCCCCGGGGUGCGGGACGCCUGCGGCUCCCCAGCACCCCUGCGUCCCUGGCCGGCUGCUCCUCCGCACCUCGCAGGGCGCUCCUCUGGACCUGCCUUCUCCUGUGCGCCGCGCUCCGGACCCUCCUGGCUAGCCCCAGCAACGAAGUGAAUUUGUUGGAUUCACGGACUGUCAUGGGGGACUUGGGAUGGAUUGCUUUUCCAAAAAAUGGGUGGGAAGAGAUUGGUGAAGUUGAUGAAAAUUAUGCCCCUAUCCACACAUACCAAGUAUGCAAAGUUAUGGAACAGAACCAGAAUAACUGGCUUUUGACCAGUUGGAUCUCCAAUGAAGGUGCUUCCAGAAUCUUCAUAGAACUCAAAUUUACUCUGCGGGACUGCAACAGUCUUCCUGGAGGGCUGGGGACCUGUAAGGAGACUUUCAACAUGUAUUACUUUGAGUCAGAUCACGAGAAUGGGAGAAACAUCAAGGAAAACCAGUACAUCAAAAUUGAUACCAUUGCUGCCGAUGAAAGCUUUACAGAACUUGAUCUUGGUGACCGUGUCAUGAAACUGAACACAGAGGUCAGAGAUGUAGGGCCUCUAAGCAAAAAGGGAUUUUAUCUCGCUUUUCAAGAUGUGGGUGCUUGCAUUGCUCUUGUUUCAGUGCGAGUGUACUAUAAAAAAUGUCCUUCUGUGGUACGACAUUUAGCUGUCUUCCCUGACACAAUUACUGGAGCUGAUUCUUCACAGUUACUUGAAGUGGCAGGCUCCUGUGUCAACCAUUCUGUGACAGACGAACCACCCAAAAUGCACUGCAGUGCUGAAGGGGAGUGGCUGGUACCCAUUGGGAAAUGCAUGUGCAAGGCAGGAUACGAAGAGAAAAACGGCACCUGUCAAGUGUGCAGACCUGGGUUCUUCAAAGCCUCACCUCACAGCCAGAGCUGCAGCAAAUGUCCACCUCACAGUUACACCCAUGAGGAAGCUUCAACCUCUUGUGUCUGUGAAAAGGAUUAUUUCAGGAGGGAGUCUGAUCCACCCACAAUGGCAUGCACAAGACCCCCCUCAGCUCCUCGGAAUGCCAUCUCAAAUGUUAAUGAAACUAGUGUCUUUCUGGAAUGGAUUCCUCCUGCUGACACUGGUGGAAGGAAAGAUGUGUCAUAUUAUAUUGCAUGCAAGAAGUGCAACUCCCAUGCAGGGGUGUGUGACGAGUGUGGCGGUCAUGUCAGGUACCUCCCCCAGCAAAUCGGCCUGAAAAACACCUCUGUCAUGGUGGUGGAUCUGCUCGCUCACACAAACUAUACCUUUGAGAUUGAGGCAGUGAAUGGAGUGUCCGACUUGAGCCCAGGAGCCCGGCAGUAUGUGUCUGUAAAUGUAACCACAAAUCAAGCAGCCCCCUCUCCAGUCACCAAUGUGAAAAAGGGGAAGAUUGCUAAGAACAGCAUCUCCUUGUCUUGGCAAGAGCCAGAUCGUCCCAAUGGAAUCAUCCUGGAGUAUGAAAUCAAAUAUUUUGAAAAGGACCAAGAGACCAGCUAUACAAUUAUCAAAUCUAAAGAGACAUCUAUAACUGCAGAGGGCUUGAAACCAGCUUCAGUGUAUGUCUUCCAAAUUCGAGCACGCACGGCAGCAGGCUAUGGUGUCUUCAGUCGAAGAUUUGAGUUUGAAACCAUCCCAGUGUCAGUUGCAGCAUCCAGCGAUCAAAGCCAGAUUCCUAUAAUUGCUGUGUCUGUGACAGUGGGAGUCAUUUUGUUGGCAGUGGUUAUCGGCUUCCUCCUCAGUGGAAGUUGCUGCGAUUGUGGCUGUGGAAGGGCUUCUUCCCUGUGCGCUGUUGCCCAUCCAAGCCUAAUAUGGCGGUGUGGUUACAGCAAAGCCAAACAAGACCCGGAAGAGGAAAAGAUGCAUUUUCAUAAUGGGCACAUUAAACUGCCAGGAGUAAGAACUUAUAUUGAUCCACAUACCUAUGAGGACCCCAAUCAAGCUGUCCAUGAAUUUGCCAAGGAGAUAGAAGCUUCAUGCAUCACCAUUGAAAGAGUUAUUGGAGCAGGUGAAUUUGGUGAAGUUUGUAGUGGACGUUUGAAACUUCCAGGAAAGAGAGAAUUACCUGUGGCGAUUAAAACCCUUAAAGUAGGCUAUACUGAGAAACAGCGCAGAGAUUUCCUAGGGGAAGCAAGUAUCAUGGGGCAGUUUGACCAUCCUAACAUCAUCCACUUAGAGGGUGUCGUGACCAAAAGUAAACCAGUGAUGAUCGUGACAGAGUAUAUGGAAAAUGGCUCUUUAGAUACAUUUUUAAAGAAAAAUGACGGGCAGUUCACUGUGAUCCAGCUGGUUGGCAUGCUGAGAGGCAUCGCUGCAGGAAUGAAAUACCUUUCCGACAUGGGCUACGUGCAUAGAGACCUUGCUGCCAGAAACAUCUUAAUCAACAGUAACCUUGUGUGCAAAGUGUCUGACUUUGGGCUUUCCAGGGUACUGGAAGAUGAUCCUGAGGCAGCCUACACCACAAGGGGAGGCAAAAUUCCAAUCAGAUGGACUGCCCCAGAAGCUAUAGCUUUUCGAAAGUUUACUUCUGCGAGUGAUGUCUGGAGCUAUGGAAUCGUGAUGUGGGAGGUUGUAUCUUAUGGAGAAAGACCCUACUGGGAGAUGACCAACCAAGAUGUGAUUAAAGCCGUAGAGGAAGGCUACCGUCUGCCAAGCCCCAUGGACUGCCCUGCUGCCCUCUACCAAUUAAUGCUGGAUUGCUGGCAGAAAGAUCGAAAUAGCAGGCCCAAGUUCGAAGAAAUUGUCAACAUGUUGGACAAGCUGAUCCGUAACCCAAGUAGCUUGAAGACACUGGUUAAUGCAUCAAGCAGAGUAUCUAAUUUAUUGGCAGAACAUGGCUCACUGGGAUCUGGGGCCUACAGAUCAGUAGGCGAAUGGCUAGAAGCAAUCAAAAUGGGCCGAUACACAGAGAUUUUCAUGGAAAAUGGAUACAGUUCAAUGGACGCUGUGGCUCAGGUGACCUUGGAGGAUUUGAGACGGCUUGGAGUGACUCUUGUUGGUCACCAGAAGAAGAUUAUGAACAGCCUUCAAGAAAUGAAGGUGCAGCUGGUCAACGGGAUGGUGCCAUUGUAACUUCAGUUUAUUGUCACUUCGUCAAGUGAAUGACUCUGCACUUUGUAAACAAGCUCUGAGAUUUAUUUUAACAAAAAACAAAGGGGAAAAAGGGAAAACUCAGUGAUUUCUAAACAUUAAGAAAGCAUUUGUUUCAGCCACAGAAUUUGUAAUCAGUGUUUUACUAAAAUCUCUUUAUCUUCCUCUUGGUGUCUUCAUUUUUCAUGAAGCAAAUAUAACCUGCAUGGAAUAAGAACAUGAAGUUUAAAUACUACCUUGUAUUACAACAACAAAAUCCUUCUCCCAACUUCUACAAAAUUUUAUACAUGAAAUAUAUAACUAUAAAUAGCACCUUUUUAGACUGGAUAAAGGCAGCCCCUUUCAAAACUUCCAAGAAUCUACUUGAAAGGAAAGUUUGAUAGCCAUCUGUAGGCUAACAAAAGCUGCAAUUUACUGACGUUUACUUCAAGUCUUAAUUGUCUACAUAAGUGUAUUGAAGAGCAAUAUGGUUAGAUAAUUUCUAAAUAGAUCUCUUCUUUUGUAAUUUUAAAUGCUGUUACACAGCGUUAAAUUAUAGAAACUAGUGUAUAAACAUGUUGCUUGAUCAAGGCCAAGUACAAUACAGGGUGUAUAUUUAUUUUUCUGUGUUAUAAAGUUUACUUUUAGUUGCUCUUCUAGAUAUUACUAGGUAAUAAAUGUGUAUAUACUGUAUAAUUUGCUGUAUACCCAGGAAUCAAUUUAAGUUGGAGCUUUGUGUGUGUGUGGCUUGCACAUGUUUGUAUUACCAUUCAGCUUGCAUUGUUAAUAGUAUUUUAAUUUUAGCAACAUUCAGGAACACACAUUCCAGGGUAUAUUAGAAAUAGGAGAAAUAGGGAAGCAGUAAAACAAAAUCUAACACAAGCUUGUGUCUUUUUUCCUCUCAUGUGUCCAAAAGCUGCUAAAUCUCUCUAUUCAGUAACAGGAAAUGUCUAUAAGACUAAAUCCCCUUUGGUGUUUUAAAAACAUUUUGUGAUAUCUGUGACAAUGGAGUUCUUCUAGCCAUUAAUCUUGCACCCCUGUAAGAAAUUUCACCUUUCUGAGUCCCAGAAAAUAUCUUGUCAAGCAAAGUUGACACCAAAGGGCACAUUUUCAGCGGGAUGUAGGAGGAUUUAACUGUGCAGACUUCUGUUAAUAUUGUUAAAUCCAGCACAUAGCACCAAGCAUUACUCCUAAGUGUUAAUCCUUUGUAACCAUUUCCUUUGUAGCCUGGCUCUAGAAAUUUUGAUACUAAAGCAGAAAUGGAAUGAUGUCAAAUACAUCCAUAUUUUUUUUUCCUUUUAGAAUUUUCUCUAUGGCAAGACUUGACCUGUUUUAUUUGUUGAUGGCUGUUUUUUCCUUUGGUAAUUUUAUCUUGUAUUCAGUUACAUUGAAUUGAUCUUGAGGAGCCGUUCUAAUGUGCUAUUCAAUUGGCCUUAUUAAGAAAUAUAAAAUGUCCUGUGUACAUGCCAUGUACCAAACUUGGUGAAGAGUGAUAUUUGUGCUGUAAUACAAAUUAAACCAUUUAUUAGAACCUGAACAAAACUGAACUCCUUGGUGAAAUAACCAAGUUCUUUUGUAUUAUUACACUUUAUAAAUCAUGAAAUGACAUGAUUAUUCAAGAAGCACAGCAUUUAAACAAAAUACAGCCUACUUCAGAUUGUCAACAGCAAUAGUGUAUUGAAGUAGCCUGGAUUAGUGACAUCCGUAAGGAACAUACUUGCAUUAUAUUGUCAGUAUUCCCUCUCUCUCUCCCCAACACCUGUUUCAGUCCAAUGUUAGCAUGUAUAGGAAUAAAUUCUUCCUUUUACCCUACCCACCUUCACUUAAGUAGCUCUUUGCUAAAGAAUAUAGGGAGGAAAAGGGAGAGAGUUUUAAACAAUUUCAAAUGAUAUAUUGAGUCCUGUCAAAUAGAGCUAUAAUUCUUUAUAGGUAUAUUCUGUACCAUGGGUCCACACAGACUAUGCUUAAUUAUUUCAGUUUAGUGAAAUUCCUGAAGAAACUAGAGAUGGAUACAACUUUGUCUUGAUGAAAUCACAAGUAAGCAAGCAUCACUUUUAUGAAAGAUGCAUUUGUUCAUUUCAGGAAAAAUAGUAAACUAAUUCCUUUUGUACAAAAUAAUCAGAGAUUGUGUUGCACUUAUUGAAUUUUGUAAAACCAACCUAAUCUAAGUGAUAAAGUAACAAUUGAGAAACUUCAAGUAAGAACAGAUUUGUUGAUUUAAAAGGUAAACUGCCAUAAAAUUAAAUUUGAUGAACUGGCCAAAGUCUAUCAAGUUAGAUACAUAACAAAUAUAUUUAAAUUGUUCUCCAGCUUUAUGUGUUCAAAGAUGAUUGCAAGGUCAGGAUGGAGUAUAUCUAAGUGAUUGGAAUUUGACGUUUUAAUGAAGGUUUUCUCUUUUUCAUAAGAGAUAUUUUAAAUUAAUUUUAAUUAAAUUUGUUUGCCUCUUUUGCCACCUUGAGGUAUAUUUACAAAAGUAAAUUGAGAUGAAAGUUAAAUAAACACAUAGCUUUCAUCCCUAUCUCACUUUGGUUGAGAUUUUCUAAGGAAUGUCAAUAUGAUUUUAUAUGAUGUACUCCUCAGAAAAGAGGAAAUAAUUUAUUUCUAAAAUAUUUGUUCUCCACUGGAUAUGUCACCAAUUGGGAAGUGCCAAUCUCAUCUAUAAAUGUGAGAAGUGGAACAAGGAGAGAAGCAGCUUUUGUGAAAUACAGUGAGGUAGUAACCCAGGGCAAAGUUUGACAAAUCUUGAUUGUGUGAUUUCUUAUUCUUUUGGUUAAUAUUGUCACCCAGCAGACAACCAAAAGUGAAACACAGAUUCAAUAAUUUUAGUACAUGAGAUAGAUUUGUCAAAUUAAACAUAAUGUUAUUUUAACAAUAGCAAUACCUUUAGACCAUAAGUCUUUCUCAGUGUUUAACUUUGAAAAAGGUGUACAAGCAGAAAAUAAUUUUCAACUUACUGAUAUCUGUCAAAGUCGCUCAAUGACUACUUUUAUCAAUCAUAAUUUGUUUUCUAAUCUUGCCAUUUGCUCGCAUGUAAAAAUGACAUACUCAGUUUCUCUUCUUGACCGUUGAAAAUGUAUGCAUUGUAUGUUAAAAGGUAAAAAUUUUCAUUUUCCCAUUUAAAAAAAAUUAAUGUGCCUGUGUUUUAUUUCUUGUGUUUUAAUCACCAAGUCAGUAUUCUGAAGUUGUAGGAUUACUGUAAAAAUUAUAUUCUAAUAUUCUAUCUAAACUUACAUGUGAUCAGUAUUGUUAGUUUUAGAGUUGUCAAAACAAUACAGAACAAUCUUAACUCAGUUGGUAAGAGUUCUAACCAGUGCGCAAUGGUGAAGAAAUAGUUUCCUAUCUCAAGUCUAAAUGGAAAAUUAAUAUCAUUGAGCACUUAAUGUGUUUGCAUGUCUGCUAUUUAAUCUCCAUGUAAAGUUAAAAGAUUUUUUUUUUAAACACCAUUCUUUCUCCCAUGUAAAGUGGGCUCUCAGAAGCACAAGCAGAGAUACUUACCUAUGGAAGACAUUUUUUUACUGUAAUCGUGCAUUGGAUGGCAAAUGCCAGUUGAGUCAGAUGUUAGAAAUUUACUAGAUGUAUGAUGUUCCAUAGUAGAAUAAGACUUUUUUAUCAUUUUGUUCUUUCUAAAAAUAAGAAAAAAGAAAGCUAAGUAUGAUAGCAAACUGUCUUUGCUUAUGUCCUGCCAGAUGUGUAACCUCAAAAUAAAAGUAGAUGAUCAACAAUAAGAUGAUGAUGAUGAUAAUGAAUAAACAAAGUGCUAGUUUUAUUUGGAAUUAAUAACGAGAAUAAGUCAUCAUUUUUUCAACUCUGUAGCACAGCUGGUUACAUAGAAUAUUUUCUCUAUUAUGCUGUUAAUUACAUAGCAAUGUAUCAAAGAAGAAAUAGAUAAGAACUUUCUUUUCAUUUCUUGUUGAUUUAUGAAAAAGUCUUUUUACACAUAGAUGAUUGAAUGUUCUUGUUCAGAAUGACCACAUAAUUAUUGCUUAGGAAAAGACACCAAUUCUUUUUUUUUAAAAGAGUCUUUUAUAAUAAUCAGAAUCAAAUGUCAUUUGUUUCUUCUAAAUGUAAAUGAAAAAAGUUGAUGGUGGCAAAAUACGUCAUGUUUAUUCAUGCUGUCUUAACAGUAGAAGUCUCAUGGUCAACAUAUUUGUUCUUCUUUAGACUGCUAUUAGUUUUACAAUUAAUUAUUUUUAAAAAGUGUGUAAAUUUAAUUUAUAAUAGUCUGAGAAUAAAACUUAGACUCAGUCGUUUGUUAAUAUGUUUAUUUUAAUGUUUUAAUUUCAGGCAGGUUAUAAGCAACUGUAUAGAGUUAUUUUAUUCUGUGUUAGGCACUGGGAUUGCUCAAAUCCAUGCCUCAGCAUUAAUUCAAGGAAGUACUAGUAUUUCUGUAUUUUUUUUCUCCAUUUGAAGUUCUGUGUGCAUUUGGUUUGUGUACAUGUUUUUUGUAGUGUAAGAUACAAAAUUUUAUAUUUUUUCAGAAAAUAAAAAACCCUUUGAAUACA